CCACAGACCGGUGGUAAAACCUACCAAUGAGCUCAUAUCUGAAGGAUCCAGGACGUGACUUCAUCCAGGGGUCACGGAGAAGAAGAACACACACACACACACACACACACAUACAAUCGCAGACACACACAGUGGCCAAACCAGAUGAAACCAACCAAGGUGCUGGAGCUUCGCCUCAAACCCAAACCACACUGUGCUCACCACCGGGCCUCCAUAAUGACGGGGGUAGAUGCUGUGUGUGUGUGUCUGUGUGUGUGCAUCUACAUGUGCAUGCAUGCUUGUGUGAAGCAGGGGUGUGUGUUUUCCUCCUACCGUCUUCCUGCACUUCUUGCAUGUCUGUCACUGACUUCUGCAGGUCCGAGCUGGAAGCUUUGCAGUACAGGAGCAGCUAAACAACAGGUAUCGAUAGCAGGUGCUGGUCUGAACAUGGCCUCUUCCAAUCUGAGCGUGGUGCUGAUGCUGUUGGCCGUUGCUGUGGUAACGGUGUCGGCCCAGAGGCGGCGCCCGGCAACCACCUCGACGACGACGGGCGAGUGGAACUACAGGGAUGGCUCCGAGAGGGUGAACAUGCGAGGCGUCUCAAACCUGACUCAGGUUCUGGACAACUGGAGGUUCGACAUCCUGAACCAGAUGCGAGGUCUCCUGCAGAACGACCACCAGUCCCUGCUGCCCGACUACGCCAGGAUCCAGCCGCUGUCCGAGGCUCUGGACGACCUCUACAAGGAGUUCAACGCCCUCAAGUCUCACCUGGGUGACCUCACCGAGAAGUUCACCGCCAUAGAAACCUUCAUCGACGAGGUGAAGGCGGGUCGAGCCGCCAACACCAGCCCGGCUGCAGCUGGUCCCGGUCCGGCUCCAGCUCCGGCUCCGGUGCCCAGACAGACCGGCAGGAGGGUGAUGAAGAAGAAGGCCACCUCCUCCUCCUCCAACUAACUGCUUCUUCUGCACUAAUUUCUGCUUCUCAGUCUGUUUGUCAGCUCAUAUAAUCCCACUGUGAAGCCAGAAAUGUUAAAUAAUCCAAAGUCUGUUAGAAAUCGUAAAAAAAACUACCAGAUGCUAGCUUGAAUGUGCUGCGUAAUUAUCACAAUUAGCAUUAGCGUUAGCAUAGUCACCUAUUUCAUGGCUUGGCUGAAAAAGUGAUUUGUUGGGUUAAUAAAGAUGUUAAAACGAUAAAUAUCUUUACUCUGUAAAUUUGUCAACACAUCCAAGUUAUGACCUGGUAGCUUCUAAAUACUCUGUGCCUAAUAAGGAACAUUUCUGACACAAAAUGGAGAAAAUUCACCAUUUCUAGCUUCACACUGCUGGCAAACCUUUCUUUAACUUCAUUAUCAUCAUGAGGUUGUACGAUGUGAGCUCCUGCACAGUAAAUUUAGCCUUAACACAAAUUAACACAAUUUAAUGGGCAAAAUUAUAUAAAUUCUGAAUAAGACUUCAAAUUCACAUCAGUUUACAAUCAUUACUUGUUGCAGGUUUCAUGCUGUGAUGCAAAUUUAUCAAUAAUUUACUGAUAUUUUACAAAAUUUCCCUGUUUUGUUAAAUUAAGGCCAAUAACUAGUAAAAUAACUACAUUUGACAAUACAAUUACAGAAUUUAAAAGAAAAAUAUGCACUUAAAUCAAACAAAUAUUUUACAGAUAUUGCAUAUUAAAGUUUGAAAAAUAAUGUUUUGACUUAAUUUACAGAUUUUCCCUGAUUUGUUAAAUUACAAGCAAUAAGUACUGAAGUUUUAGAGAAACAUUCAUUUACCUACAUAAAUGAUGCUGAAAAAUCUGUUUUAAAAUAGGAAUUUGUUUUCCUGCAGUGUUUGGUCUAUUUAAAUCAUUUAAAAAUAUCAUUUUACAGGUAUUUGCUAAAAAAAAAAAAAAAAAAAAAAAGACACCAAAAAAGUAGAAUAAUGAUUUUAAAAUGGUAAAAUAAUUGUUUUUGCAUCUGUUAUUUUACACAUUUGCCCUGUUUUGUUAAAAAAAAAAAAGAAUGAUAUCUAGUAAAAAUCACAGAAAAAGGAUUAACAUUUCAAAAGCAGGCCAAAUCUGUACUUUUUGCUAAUAAUAAUUCUUUUUUUUUUUGCCAGACAUGCCUGUAAAAUUACACUGCAUUUAAAUCUACAAAAACAAUGUUUUACAGUUUUUACGUUACAUCGUUUCACCAUUUUUCCCGGCAGAUUUCUCAUUCUUAACAGUGUACUGCAAUUUUUAAUCCUCCAUAGUUUCAUUAUUUUACUGUCAGGCUCACAAGAAACAUCUCUACUCACAAAAAUGUAAUUUUAAAGCUAAAUUCUACAACAGCAGCUUCUUAGAUGUGAAUAUCUGCAAGUUUUCUAUGAUAUUAAACUGAAAAUCUGGGCGUUUUGACUGAACAAAACAAUUUCACCAUGUUAAUUUUUGAAAUUUUUAGAAACCAAACAAUCAGUUUUUGCAGAAAAUGAUUUCUGUCAGUUCUAAAAUUGUAUCUCAGGUGUUUAUUUAGUUAAACAACAACAAAUUGUGAUUUGGACGAUGUUUAAAGAUGCAAAUGUGGUCACGUUUAUACAAAUGUACACAAAUUUGCAUCACUUCUCAAAAAUAAAAAUCUGAAUUUUGGAUAAAACUAGCUUCCAAAUUUGCAUUUCAUAUUCUAGUCAAAUGUUUUUAAUGAGGGGAUUUCGGUUUUUAGCAUUAUUUUGUUCCUGUAAAUAUGGUUUUUAGAAUAAAUGUCCCAUAACUCAGGCUGUGAGUGAUAAAUGAACCUUCAGUUUGGUGAGAGUAAAAGCUCCUAAAAUGAAGAUUUGCAAAAACAAACUGUUCUAAAAACAAACCUUUAAAUGUGGAUUUUGGAUGUUUUCUUCCUUCUAGUCUGGAAAAAAAAAAAAAAAACGGUCUAAAAUCUGCACAUGUUACCUGGUGAACGUUCCAGUAACUGAUUUAAGGUGUUCUGGUUCCAGUGUUUGUUUUCUGUCGCUGCUUCAAAUGAAAUAAACUCUUUAAUUGCA